CGGCAAUCAGCUGAUUAACUUUCUGAAUGCGGACAACUUGUCUGUAUGUUUAUAAAUAUUAUGCCGAUCAAUGGAAAAAGCAAUAGUUAUACUUGAUAAAUUGGCCCGCAACGCUUUGCGGUCGCAGAGAAAACCGCACUUCUGCCUUCCAUUGGCUAGGGAGAAUCACUUCAAACGCUUUUGCAGUACAUCUAAGUCAGAUUCCAAGGAAAUCCGGAAAAUGCUUAGCGAACUACCUCUCUUCGCUGGUGGCGAAAUCGUCCGUGGAUUUGGCCGUGGCUCCAAAGAGCUUGGCAUCCCAACAGCUAACUUUCCACUGGAGGUGGUGAAAUCUCUGCCGGAGUCAUUGCCUACAGGCGCUUACUACGGCUGGGCAAACGUGGACAAUGGACCCGUGUACAAAAUGGUCCUCAGCGUUGGCUGGAACCCUUUCUAUAACAACAAGGAGAAGAGCGUCGAGACGCACAUGCUGCACGAUUUUAACUGUGACCUGUAUGGCCAGCUACUUAAGAUAUGCAUUGUGGGGUACCUGCGACCCGAGCGGAGUUUUGACUCCCUGGAGUCACUAAUAGCCGCAAUCCGGAAGGACAUUGAGCAGGCUAAAGGAUUUCUGGACGAGGCGGACAAGGCUAAAUUGAAGGACGCUCCGUUCUUUACCGAGAAGCUUUGUUCCUCAAAAUAAAUAUUCCACUAGGUAUCCUGGAGGAGGCGAAAAAAGCAAAACUAAUGGAGGCUUCAUUCACCACCGAAAAGCUCUGUAACUGAAAAUAGUUAUUCCACAAGCUAUCUUAUCACUUAAUUUGCACUAUGUACAAAGCGGAUUUCGAAUAUCGAUUCAAGUACUUAAGUUGGCUGUUUUCAUUAAAUUCCGACUCCCUCAUCAUGACACCAAAAAUCAAAUCAAUCGCAUUUAACUUUGAUACUUGACAUAUUUAUAAACAAAACCUUUUUUAUAAAUGCUCGUGGGGCGCAUUUUUUCUAAUUGGGGGUGUGACUCUUUAUUUUGAAAUGUCAGUUGUUGCUAGAUGGGUUAUUUGGUAACAAUAAAAAACCUGCUGAUAGCUAAAUUUUUUAUUUAAAUUGUCUACAACUAUAUAUGUAUACACAUAUAUUUAUUUUUUAAAAGUGCCAUAACCCUUCGAAGUACUAUACAAAUCGUAUUGGAAUAACCUAUUCCUAAUUGGAUUUUUAAUUUCAAAUUGAUAUGUUAAAAUGUAGCUAAUUACAUAAUAAAAGUAAAUUAUUUUCAACGUUUUA